UUUGUUAAUUGUUUAUUGUAAUUUUCUCAAGAACAAAUACAAAAAUAGGGUUCUUCUUUAAGAUAGUCAUAUUCGUCAAUUUGUUCAAUUUCUCAAUUCUCUUUAAGAUACCCACAACUGGACAAGUGACGACCCACACCACCCACCCCUCGCCGGCAUUUCUCGCCAGUCGCCACCCCUCACUGACGUUCACUGAGCGAAUCAGUUCGUUGUUCGCCUAUUCGCACUUCGCAAGGCCACUGCUGGCUGCUACUGCUGCUUCCGUGAAUAGGUGAACGUGAAAUCAAGACCACCAGACUCAUCAACGCCGACGGCCCACCACCACACCAACCCACCUUCAAUUCAAUUUAGUUAUUAUUUUGAUUUUUGAAAUCCCCAAAAGUUAGGGUUUUGUUUUUAUUUCAAGUUUCAAAUCUCUUUCUCUGUUCCUUGUCUCAUCGUCGUAGCCUCAACCGAGCAGCCGCCGCCAGCACCGGCCAACCAAUUUAGCCGAACAGACGCAGUAGCCCUAGCGGCGCUUGAAGCCAGCCACGCGCCCCUGAGCAACUACACGAAGCAUCCAUCCUUCACCAUUAUCUUCUUCUUCCUCCAUAUUAAGUUCGAUGUAGCCAGCGAUCUAGCUUCCAAGAAGCUGCAAUUGAAUUGGUUUUUUUUUAGUUCAAUAUAAUCUACAAAAGGGUCAAUGUCGAAUUCUUCAACAAAGUUAAUCUUGGAUGGACAGGAACAAGAUGAAUGGAAGGAUAAGCUCAGCACAUUGUCUGAUGAUAUACUUGUCUUUAUUCUAUCUCUUAUGGAGAGAAAAGAAGCGACAAGAACUUGCAUCCUUUCAAGAAGGUGGCGGUAUUUGGCUACUUACUUCACUAAUCUCAACUUUGAUGUUGAUAAUUUAGAGACUAUGACCUUAGGCUGUAAGCGCCAACUCAAGCCAGUCAAAGAUCUAAAGCCAAGGUUCUUGAAUUGGGUUAGUCAAGUAGUGGCUUUGAAUCGUGCUCCAUUUAUUGAUGAAUUCAGAAUUCGCUUUCCAUUGGAUGAGACUGAUUCAAGUCAUCUCGAGGCUUGGAUCAAUUUUGCUAUCUUAAAACGAGUCCAGAACUUAGAGCUCCAUUUAAGAUCUUAUACCAUAACAUCUCAUGUUUGGAAAGGCAUGAGCCACCUCAAGUCCCUGAGUUUGAAGGGGGUAAAUAUAUGUGGAGAAGUAGUAGAGUUGGUUUUUUCUCGAUGCCAUCUUUUAGAACGACUAUACAUUGCUCGAUCAUACAAUCUAUUCAAGUUGAAGAUUCUUAACUUAAGCUCAGAAAAGUUGAAAUACUUGACAGUUCAUGAUUGCCAGAAUUUAGAAGAAGUUGAGGUACAAGCUAGGAAUCUUGUGUCGUUCGAUUUCAAAUGCUUCCAUACAGUUGUGGUUCAUGUUAGCGCUCCAUCACUCAUUGAAGCGCAAUUUCAUGGCUUAUAUGACACAGGACUGCUUCCAAAAUUCUCGCCCAUCAGAAGCUUAGCUGCUCACUUGUCUAAGCUUUCGCUUAAUGUAUAUGAGAAAUGGAUUGAUGAAGGUCUUAUCAUCCCUUCUUUUCCUAAUAUCCAAUACCUGAAGUUGUGGGUUUCUAUCAAAUAUAGUCAUUUUAACUUUAUUUUGUUAAGAUGCUUCCCGGAGGCCUGCCCAUUACUGCACGAAUUCAAGCUGGAGGUAACUUAUUAUCCCUAUAAUGGGGAGGUAGAUUCAGAUUCAGAUUUAGAUUAUUCAGAUAGCGACGACUUGAAAGACUCGAAUUUGCAAGAUGUGAAGCGGUGGUUGGAGACUAGAGAGGAGAUUAGUGCAACCUUUCCAAACUUGUGGAAAGUCGAAUGGGCUUCAACAUUUCACAAUGAUCUCAAUAAAGAAUAUAUGCUAGCUUUGCACAUUGUUAAGAAUGCCAUUAAGCUUAAGGACUUCAUCUUCACCCCCAUAAUUCCAAAGCCAUAUUCUAGUUAUGAAGAAUAUUCUGAUUAUGAAGAAGCUAUGGAAACUUGUAUAGAUCGCGCUGAACGAUUAGCUUUGGUUCUCCCAUCUCAUGUGAAUUUUGUGGUUAUCAAAGAAGGCUAAGUGAACCUCUCAAAUUUUAAAUGUAUUUCUUUUCUGGAUAUUGGAUACAUUUUGUAUUUUUGACAGUAUUUAUUUUUUUUUUUUGGAAGGAUUUGUGAUAACUCUCUAAUUUAUCCUUAUUUUAUGCUUAUUUAGUUUGCAUUCUUAUGCGGUUAUUGUUCUUUUUUAUUAGUAUUAUAGGAUUUGAUCACCUUGUGUAGGGUAUAUUGUGUUUUGCUCGUUUUUGUAGGAUUGGUCACCUUUUCUCGAGCAAAGCAAGUUAGGAACGAUGCGCCCUUAAUCCUUCGGAGGUUUUAAAAAGGGAACAGAGCUAAACUGAGGAUAGGAGAUAGUCCCAAGCACUCAUUUGAAGGCAAGGAGGCAAGAGGAUCUUAAC